GGUUCAUCCUCAAUAGACGAUCUUUGACAUGAACCCACUCUGUUCAAAAAGCGCGUCAGAGCAUCGCAUCAUCAUGUGUGAACAUGGCGGCUGUUUACCUCCUCACAUCUUCUCCGCUGUCAGAUAUAAAGCUGUGGACUAUGUGUUUGAGACGACCACCAGUUUGAAAGUCAUGAUGAACUUGCUGGCACUGCCGGCGCCUUACCUGACCGACACCCACCUGUACCCUCACAGUGGCAAACUGCCUGAAGUCACCUACAGGACACCGUGGAUCAGAGGAAAGGUGAUCUCCACCUGCAAACUCUUUGUCAGUGGUUCCGUGCUUGACGACCUGGGAGGAACAAAACAACCUAUGAAUUUUACAGAGAGAUUUAAUGUGACUCUAAAUGAGGUGAACAGGGAUGUGGAGAAGAUACCCUGCUCUAAUCCUGACUCACUUGAAGCUGAGGAUGAGGCUGUUUGCAAUUUAAAAGAGUCACAGGUCAAUGGUUCAUGUCACGAAAUGUUUUUCAAGUUGACAACUGACCAAAUGAAAUCUGGAAAUCAGAACAAAGAUCUCCUCCUGCCUGAAGAGCUCAUUGUUGUUGAUUACCUGCAACAAUUUAAGAGUGAAUUACCCACAUUGAAAACCAAACUGUCCAGACUGAGGACGCUUCCCGUGGCCGACCCUCUGCUGAGCUCAGCGGGAGACACCAUCUCUGAGGACUCAAUAUUCAGGAGAUGUGCGUCUUAUGAAAAACCUCCUGGUUCGUGUGCCAGUGACGCUCACAUGUGUGCAAACAUACAUGAGGACUUUGCCAAAGAAUUGCUCAUGAAGGAAGAGUCUCUGCUCUUACCGGUUGUUGUGGACACUUUUAAAAUGACCACAGAAAACUGCGACUCCUUUUCAAGCAUUUGUGGUCUUUUAGAUGUUGCUCCUGAACUAUUGGAUGAGCAGCUUCCAGUCCUGGAUAUGCUUCAUCAAGAUGCAACAGUGUCAGUGGAUAAAUUCCAGUGCGACUCACCAGAGGAGCCUAAACAAGAAGGCAAGAUGAAUGGAGGCCUGAUAGACUCAAAUCUCAUAGAACGUAUGAUGCUUCCAACUGAAUUGGAGCUGGACGUGUCUCUGACACUGACUCCGAAGACCAGUCACACUCGUCUGUGUCUGUCCACUUCUGAACUCGAGAAGGAAGAGUUGUCACCGCUCUGCAGACGGUCUUUAGUGUCAGUGAAAGCUCACACAGAGAUGGAGAAGGCUCUUUGGAAAGCAGAGAAGCAUCCAACCUUUGUGGUGGGAUUUCUGUUGGCAGAGCCUGAAACACCUGAAGCAGCUGUGGACUUCCAGCCGCUGUCUGAGGCUGUAAAAGUCCUUAAAUUAGAGAAGCAAAGCUUUAUCACUGCUGCUGCUGAACUGAAGUCACAGAUGAGCACAGGAACCUCACAGGUGUAUUUGUGCAGCAACCGUGAGGUCACUGAGAGCAUGAGGUCUGAGCUUCCCUCCACCAGAGAGGAAAAGAUGAAAGACUUUAAAAAGCUGUCACCCGACCAUGAGCUGUUCACAGUUGGAUCCUUCCUGACGAGUCCUGCAAACAAAACUCAGUUACCUCACAUGAAGAAACAGGAAACUUCUCUCCAUACUGAAGCUGACACAGAUGAUUCUCCUCUGCAACAACAAAACCAUGCUGACGCGUCUCAGAACAAACUCCUUAUGCUCAAUGUCAACAUGAACAACAAGGAAGUAAAACCUGCAACACUAACACUUUCAAAACCGGCUGCUGCCUCCAACACCAAGGAGGAAAUUUCCAACGUCAGGUUCUUUGAAGUCGCUGCCCUGUCUUCUGCUCUUCAGAACAACAGAGACACAUAUGACUGUAAGACUGAGCAGAGUGUCCACACUCCUGAGCAGACUGUGUCCUCACCACCGAUUAUCAGAGACAACCACAGACAUCAGCAGGUUACCAGUCGUCCUCCAGAGAAGGAACUUGACCCACUCUCCACCUUCAUGGCACUCAGAUCCCAGCAGGUGGCGCCAGUUACUGCAGCGCCAGUUACUGCAGCGCCUCAGAGCUCAGCCAGUUCUCCAGCACCAGAGGUGGAGCGGGUAACUCCACCGUCUGAGCCGCAUACUCCUCCACAGCAGAUACAAAGAUCAGACAGGAGGCCAAUGUAUAUGAGCGGUUCUGUGUCAGGAAAUGUUACCAGAGAGCAGGAAGCUGCUGGCCAAUGGAAAGGUCAAGUCAUCAGUCAUCCUGUCAGCCAGUCCGACCCUCAGGAGGGACAGGAGAGCAGAGGGAUACAGGUUCAAGCUACAGACAGCCAGCAGCGGGCCUACUCUGAGCUGCUGACCAUCGCUCAGCCCUGUUUGAACUCUGCCAGAGAGCUGGGGCUCAACUUCCUGGUGUGGGGAGACUUCAGCUGCCUGACCCCCGACCGAACACAUUUCCUCCUCAAACAGCAGGAGAGGGUGCUCUGCAGAAAGCAUGCACAGAGCACAGAGCUGAUCAGAGAUCAGGAGCUUCUCUUCAGCAAGGUGACUCUGAUUCAUGUGCUGGUGACGUUCAAGGAGCUGCUGCUGAAGUGCGACCUCAGUACUGGAUUGGCGUACCUGACUCAGGCAGCUGAGACAUGUUCGGAGCAGAUUCUGCAGCAGCUGGUGAAGAGGAUGCAGAUCAUCUUCUUCCUCAGUCACAAGAACCAGGAGCCCAACCUCAAAGUGCAGGAGCUGCAGCAGCUGCUGGCUGAAUGGCUGCACAGCAGGAAAGGACACAACAACAUGGACAAAAUUCUUGUCAUAUUAUCAGUCGACUCUGACGACAGCAGAUCCACGAUCAUCAACAGCUUGAGCCAAGUGGCCGGUGCAGCUGUAACGUCAGUUCGUCCUGAGGAGAACAAAACCAAACUGAAUGGUGCCAGCGUGGUCAGCAGUGUGUGUGACAGUGUGUGUGUAGUGGUGUAUGAGCAGCAUAUAGGCCCCGACUUCCCCUGGAACAGUUUCUGUCUGGUGGUGGAGUACGACCAUCCAGGUCAGUCUCCAUGGUCCACAGUCUGCAGAGAGAGGAGCAUCAGUCACCUCUCUUUCAACACCAGCAUCUCUGACUCUGAGAAGGGGAAAGACCCCUGGUGCCUGGAAGACAACGUUCCUUAUGUGUUGUUGGUGACUGAGGAGUUUCUUAACUGUCCACUGCUGCUGCAGACACUUGAGUCAGAGUUUAAUAUAACUGUGUUGGAGAGGAGUCACUGUCCGUCCUUGCAGAUGCUCGGAGGGACUCAUCACUAUGCUGUGAUCACAGUGGAUGAAAGUACAGCCAUUAUCAUUCAGGAUCAGGAUGAACUGGAUCAGGAACAAGCCAGUGAGGGACUGGUGAUGAGGCUGACUGCUCUCUGUCUUCAGUACAACUGCUGCUGGGUGAUCCUGCACUGCCCAGACAUCCAGGGAGGAGGAUUUUCCAGCGAAGCCUUCAGCAACUUGCUGUUGGUUUAUUCGUCUCUGGUGCUGUUUGGAACAAAGUCCAAGGAUCUAGAUGUCAAGGUGCUGAUAGUGUCUGAGGUUUGUGAAAUUGCCAAGUGGAUCAGUCAGAUCUGCUUCCACAGCCUGAUGUCCAGUGACAGGGAUCCUCUCAGCUUCCUGAACAGAGACUGGUUGACUGUGAUCCCUUCACAGGAGGAAAAGUGUCUGCUGCAGUUCCCAUGUGUUAACCCUCUGGUGAGUCAGCUCAUGCUGAGGAGAGCUCCGUCCUCACAGUGGCUCCUGGGGGCCUCUCUGUCUCAGCUGGGUGAGCUCCUCCCUGAGGUGCCACAGAAAGUCCUCAAGCUUUUCAGUGACACCACCUCCCUGUUCACACUGACCACAGACCCGAACCACCUUGAGUCUCAGGCAGUCGUCACUGAGACAAACCGACAACCCCCCACCCCCCCUCAUCCAGAGGCGUUCUGCAGCCAAACCACCACCAGCUUCCUGUUUGGAGCUGAAAGUGCAGAGACCAGCUUCUGUGAACGAGACCCAGACCCGACGGUGCAGGAUGAAAGCACCGAUUUCACAUUCGACCUGAGUUGUUCUUUCGGCGGCCCAGAUGUUCACCUGCAGAGCAGCUGGACGGGCGGGGAGCUGCAGAGAGAGGAGUUGACGUUUUCUGGAUUAAAAAGCAGAGCCGGAGCAGUGGGGAGAGUUGUGAGGAGAGUAAACGACCAGUGGACACUUGGGCCUCCACCGAACCAAAGCGGCUUCGCCAACUACCUCCACACUGCUGACGACAGUCCUCUCAAACUGGACUCCACAUUCAGAUACAGCCCCCAGCCACCACCUGACGUCAGCACUCAAAUAUCUGCAUACUCCACAGUCUGCGUCGACUUCCAGCAGACUAACAACCUUCACAUCACCUGCAGUCUGAGCCCUCCCACUGCAGGGGUCACAGCGUGGGGUCGAGCUGAAAGCAACGACGACUACGUCUCCAGCAUCGGAGGGAUGACAGCAACUUCACCUCAGUACGGCUCCAGAUGCUGGAUCGGACGAGAGAGGAAGAGGAGUGGAGAGGCUGCCGGUUUGGUUGGAACAGCGUUGACUCCACUGAAGAAGGGAAGGCUGAGCUACGAGAGGGUUCCCGGCAGGAGUGACGGUCAGACCAGGCUGAAGUUAUUUUAAAUAUAUAUGAUUUGAUCCUAACGUUGUCCUUACAGUUCUGCUAAAUUCAAGUUUUAAUUCAGAGGAAAUUUCACUUUUAUUAGACAAGAGUUUUCAGUGCGAACUAGUUUUUUGCAUAAAAUAUCUACAUUUUAAAACCAGCACUGUUUUGUUCUUUUAAGCUGUGUCGGAUGAAAUGUGAUGCAUCAAAAUGUUAAAAUACUAAUAUACAAAACACUAUACGUUUUUACAUUUCACAGCACGAAUGUAAUUAUUUGUGAUUUUAUAAAUUAAAACUAAGAACAGUUUAUUAUUUAUUUAAUUAUUUAUAAGUGUCCUGCACCCUGUAACCUCUCCUGUUCAUUUAUAAACAGAUAAUAAAUGGUAAUAUAACA